CUGUGUGAGAGAGCAGAGCGGACUACGGCAACAUCUCUUCUUCUUACCAGAGGAAAUACACACCGACUCAUUCUCACAGCUACGGAGCAGUUACACCUUAUCAGUACUCUACCGAAUUACCGGGACAUCUUCUACCCAAGGAGACUAGAAUAAAUAAAGGAAAAACACGUUAAAACAUUAUUACCUAUCGGUUAAAUUAGAGGAGCCGAUAUACCGAUAUCCCAGCAACACGAAAGACAGACUUGGCUAGUCCACCAGGAUAACAUACCGGAGCUUUCGGGAGCACGAGGAAAGGGAGAGGGAUAAAGGAGAGGAAGACAGGAUGAUUCUCAAGCAUCAUUUGGUUCUGACGCUGUGCGCCGUCUACGGGAUACUGCUAAAAGUGACGGCACAGAAAAGCACAUUGAGAGGGUCGUCAGGGCAGCAACCCUUGGUCCAGAAUCAGACAGUAACAGAGGGGGGGACAGCCAACAUGACUUGCAGGGUAGAGUACAACGACCAAACUUCCCUCCAGUGGUCUAACCCUGCACAGCAGACACUGUUCUUCGGAGACAAGAAAGCUUUGAGAGAUAACCGUAUCGAGCUGGUCCGAGCGUCGUGGUCGGAGCUGACCAUUAGUAUCAGUGAGGUGACACUGGCUGACGAGGGGAUGUACACCUGUUCUCUAUUCACCAUGCCUGUGAAGACCGCCAAGGCCUACCUUACUGUACUGGGGGUGCCAGAGAUGCCAGAGAUAGACGGUCUGACAAAGCCUGCCCUGGAGGGAGAUGAGAUCACACUGACCUGCAUGACCCACGGCUCCAAGCCUGCUGCUGACCUCCGCUGGUUCAGGAACGAGAAGGAGAUCAAAGGUGCCAAGGAGGUGAAUGCCAGUGGAAAGACCUUCACAGUGACCAGUUCUCUACAGCUGCUAGUUGACAGGGACGAUGAUGGGGCAGCGUACACCUGCAAAGUAGACCAUGUCGCCCUGUUACAGACACCACAACAGACUACUGAAGUACUGGAGGUGCACUAUGCUCCUCGUGUGGCGAUCACCAAUUCGUUGACGUUCCCUCAGGAGGGUCAAUACCUGAAGCUGGAGUGUGUAUCCAAAGGAAACCCAUCGCCAGACCCUGUGAUGUGGACUAAGGAUGGAGGAGAACUUCCAGACUUGGAGCGUAUGAUUGUAGAGGGAAGAGAGCUCACCUUCACCACCUUGAACAAAACAGAUAACGGAACGUACCGCUGUGAAGCCUCCAACCACCUGGGCACCAGCAGUGCUGAAUACCUGCUCUAUGUCUACGACCCCAAUGCCAUGGGGCAGCAUGGUCCAGACCAUGCUCUGAUUGGAGGAGUGGUGGCGGUGGUGGUCUUCGUCACCUUGUGUCUCAUCAUCGUUCUGGGCCGCUACCUGGCCAGGCAUAAAGGAACGUACCUGACCAACGAGGCCAAAGGAGCGGACGACGCGCCUGAUGCUGAUACAGCUAUCAUCAACGCAGAGGGCAACACACAUGCUGAGGAGAAGAAGGAGUACUUUAUCUAGACUGUAGAGGGCGCUGAUCUGCUGCCCACUCUUUCUCUCUGUCUUUAUGUCUCUAUUCCUCUAUCUCCCCCUCUCAUUCUCUUUAUCUCUUUCUUCAUCCCGUUCUAUACUUUAUUUAGACUACAGAGGGAGAUAUGCUGCCCCCUCUUUCUCUCCCUUUUUCUCUCUGUCUCUUUCCAUUUUCUCCUUCUGUCCCUCUCUCUCUCUCCACUGCCCCUGCUGCGUCACUAAGGAAACCCCGUGGAAAAACUCCACCUUCUCCUUCUCCCCUCAUCCCUUCUUCCCUGCUGGCCUUUCUGUUCUCUUUUUUUUUAUCAUUUCAUUCCGACCCUUCACUUCUUCUACACUUUUUAAAAUAUUUUUUAACCGUCCUAGUUUCUGACGCCGGCCUUCGUUUUUAAAGGCAGCGCCCUCUACUGGCUGUCUGGAGAUGUUGCCUUUUCUUUUUUUCUUUUUUUUCAAUUUUACAUAUUUUAUGUGAAAUAAACCCCACACACACACACACACACACACACACACACACACACACACACACACACACACACACACACACACACACACACACACACACACACCCAUUCCCUGUGUGUAAACACACACCCUCACGUUUACACGGUGCCUCAAAUAUGCCGCCUUCAUUCACACUGUCAGCAAUGCUGUUGUUUAACUGCUUUAUACCUACAAAUACUCUCUUUUUAUUUCCGCCUGUCGUAUCACAGCUCCUGGGCUUGAACGUUGUUUAAUUCAACAUUUUACGUUUUUUAUUUGUUAUUUAAAUGAAUAUGUGUGCUGGUUACGCCUUAUGUCUUUCAGACAAAAUUAUACUUUAGAUUAUCUGUCUCCUUCACUGUCCCCUUUCACUGCCCCCUUCACUGUCCCCUUUCACUGGCUCCUUCACUGUCCUCUUUCACUGGCUCCUUCACUGUCCCCUUUCACUGGCUCCUUCACUGUCCUCUUUCACUGGCUCCUUCACUGGCUCCUUCACUCUCUUCUUCACUCUCUCCUUCACUGUCCCCUUCACCUACUCCUUCACUGUCUCCUUCACUGUCCUCUUUCACUGUCUCCUUCACUGUCUCCUUCACUGUCUCCUUCACUGUCUCCUUCACUCUCUCCUUCACUGGCUCCUUCACUCUCUCCUUCACUGUCUCCUUCACUGUCCCCUUCACCUACUCCUUCACUGUCUCCUUCACUGUCCUCUUUCACUGGCUCCUUCACUGUCUCCUUCACUGUCUCCUUCACUGCUUCCUUCACUGUCCCUUUCACUGUCCCCUUCACUGUUCAAUUACACAAUUACACUGUCUCCUUCACUGUCCCCUUCACUGUCUCCUUCACUCUCUCCUUCACUGCCUCCUUCACUGUCUCAUUCACUGUCCCCUUCACUACCCCUCUACUGUUCCCAUCACUGUCCCGUUUACUGUCCCCUUCACUACCCCUCUACUGUCUCCUUCACUACCCCUCUACUGUUCCCAUCACUGUCCCCUUCACUGUCCCCUUCACUAACCCUUCACUGACACCUUCAAUGUCCCCUUCACUAACCCUUCACUGACACCUUCAAUGUCCCCUUCACUAACCCUUCACUGACACCUUCAAUGUCCCCUUCACUAACCCUUCACUAACCCUUCACUGUCCCCUUCACUGUCCCCUUCACUAACCCUUCACUGUCCCCUUCAAUGUCCCCUUCACUAACCCUUCAAUGUCCCCUUCACUGCCCCCUUCACUGUCCCCUUCACUGUCCCCUGCACUGUCCCCUUCACUAACCCUUCACUGUCCCCUUCACUGUCCCCUUCACUGUCCCCUUCACUAACCCUUCACUAACCCUUCACUGUCCCCUUCACUGUCCCCUUCAAUGUCCCCUUCACUGUCUCCUUCACUGCCUCCUUCACUGUCCCCUUCACUGUCCCCUUCACUGCCUCCUUCAAUGUCCCCUUCACUGUCCCCUUCACUGUCUCCUUCACUGCCUCCUUCACUGUCCCCUUCACUGUCCCCUUCAAUGUCCCCUUCACUAACCCUUCACUGUCUCCUUCACUGCCUCCUUCACUGUCCCCUUCACUGACACCCUGAAUAAAACUGUACGUGAGGAAAAUAAUAGACUUGUAAACAAUAGCCCUUGCCUCCUGUAUGACAGGACAGAGGGUUUUCUGGUAUAAUACAAACUGUAUUCAAGAAAAAAAUGGCCCAUUGUAUGAUAAGAUAGCAGGUUUUUUGUGAACACUGUAGCCAGACAUGUUGUGAGAUAUGGUAUGUGUGCGAUUUGUUCUUCAUCAGUCAUUGGUUCAUAUAGGUGGUAGUCUUUAAGACAGACGAACCGAUUGAUCAUUAACGACACUCAUAAUAUACAUUCUGAACACCAAAAAAAGGUUACGAAAACGAUGCUGGGUGAAGGUUUAUAUCAAAUGAAUUGAAACAACAAUCAAUCAAUUAAUGUCUUGCUUUUUAUCAUGCAUAAUCAUUAUGAUGAUUACUUCAAACUGUCUGUGAUACGUGAUGCGUACUGCCCGUAUAUUCCUGUGCAGAACCCUGCUGCGCUAACGCAACAUGCUCACAGUGUCACCGUGGCAACUUAGUAUCUAUCUACAGCGCCAUCGGUUGCCGAAGGGAUGUAGAACGAUGCUAUAUUUUGGGUAGUCAGUGCUUGACUUGGGCCAGAGUUGUCUACCGGCGCUCUAAAA